AGUGUAAGUUAGUGUUGUUUUAUCGAGACGGAAGAGAAGAAUCUUCACUUUUUCUGCUUCAUCUUCGACGGAUCGUCUUUUCCUGAAGACUCGAUGUUGAUAAAGUAGUAGAUGUUAAGUGUUUUAAACUAAUCUUGUAGAUUUCGCAGUGCUGAAAUGCUGAAAAUCCUCUUCGUAUUCUCAGUGACAGGGCUGAUGUUCAUCUUGACUGGUGGUGAGAUGGUCAGUGAGGGAAAAAUCUGCUCCAAGAAGAUCUUGGAGCGGUCUGACCUGAAAGCGGAUGAUCAGCUGAUGGUGGUGAGAUGUGGCACAGAUGAGGUGGUCGCACAGCUCUUCUGUGAAAACUGGAACUGCAGUGACUACCCAGAUACAGAGGGAUGGUUCAAUCAAACAGAAGAUUUGGUCCUGAUCCUGCCGAACUGCAGCAGCGUGGAUCGCUUAGAUAUAUUGCUGAAUGGAAAUCGGAUUGUACUUAACUUCACUUUUGAAGAACCAGUAUUGUCCUCCACCAAAGAGCCACCACAGACCUCUUCCCCAAACCCUCCUGACUCCUCUGGACACCUGUGGCUGUGGCUGUGUGCUUUACUGAUUCUUCCAGUGUUGGCUGUGAUCGGUUUCUGCUGGAGGAAGAAACACCGGAAGGAUCGUGAAGCAUUACCUCAUGAUGAAGAAGCCAAAGAAACCCCUGCUGUCUCCAGCACAGCAUCUUCAAAUUGCACAGAUAAUGUAGUUGUCUGCUUUAAGACUUGUAGUGAAAACACUGACGAUUAGCUAAAAUCUAGAAAAUAGAUUUUUAUACAUUUUUGGGUGAAGUUAGGGGUGUGACGGUUAGUAUAUAACAGUGAGACCGGCGGUUAUAUAGUUGAACACCGUCAUUAGAACUCUAUAAACGCCAAAACCGUGUCAUUAAAAUAUUUUUUAGAAACAUUUUUUAUCAAAAAUUAUUUUCAUUUUUUAGAUAGGAUCAUAAGAUGCGCAAUAUAUCGAGAGAUGGUUUUUACCACUUAAUGAAGUUUUGUAAAUCGUCAGACAUAUUUACCACUUCAUAAAAAUUUGCUUUGUAGAAAACCUUUCUUAAAAAAACAAAUUUCGUUUGAACAAAUUUUAUCUUAAUUUUAAUAAAUGUUUCAUCAACCAAUUUCAUGUAUUUUAAUAAAUAAAAAGCAAAUAUAGCAGACAAUGAUAACCACCGUGACAUGGAAGCACCAGCGCGCCGCGUUCACUUGCACUGCACUGUGAACUAGAGCGCAUCUCAAUGUAAAUGAAACUCAGCGUAGGCCUAUGCUUCAUACAUUAGCAUUAAAUAUCUUUGCUGCAUCCUUUCUAGAACAGACAAUGUCUUUUUUUUUUUUUUUGCGGCUCGCAUCAGCAAAGCAUUGCAUCGUCCAUAGACCACAAAACAGUCAUUAAGCUAAUCAGCGGAUGGCGGGUGGGUGCGGCUUUGAAAUUUGCUUAAAAUACUUUGGCGCGGAUCAGAGCGCGCGCUGACACGGAGUUAACCCGCUAUCUCCAAGAUCAACCAAUUGACUCUACGGCAGAUCCACUAGCAUGGUGGCGAGACAAUAUGAAACAAAAUGAAAAUAGCUACACCCCCCGACGGUUAUGUUAUGAACCGUCACAUUUGACUCGCGUCAGAACCAAUUCUGAAACCGGCACACCCCUAGUAGGCUAGUGACAAUGCCCCUGAAUUUUCGAGAUACCCCUACCGGAGGUAGAACUAAACCCAACAAUGUUUUUCCUCAUCUCUAAGGUCUCCCUUAUAUGAAAUGGAUUCUUGGCUAAAAAUAUUUUACUGCUAAGAUUGUUAAAUUAACACAUAUUGUUAUACACCACAAAACCAAUAAAGGACUAAAAUAUA